ACAAAUUUCCCACAGGGUGGAGUCUAAGCUUAAGUGCCUUGAAUUUCUCACCAAGAGUUCUGGCCUACAAAUUGCAGGGAAAUCGUGAGAGGUGUGUUUUCUGUUUUGCUUUGUGUUCGUUUUGUUUUUCAACCAGCCUGGGAGCUGUGGAACCCAUUGGAAUCCUGGCCGAACACCUUGUAAUGGAGCCUUCAUCUCUUGAGUUACCAGCUGACACAGUGCGACAUAUUGCCUCUGAACUUAGAUGUCACCCAACAGAUGAGAGGGUCGCCCUCCAUCUCGACGAGGAAGAUAAACUGAGGCCUUUUAGGGAUUGUUUUUAUAUCCCCAAAAUGCAGGAUCUGCCUCUAAUUGAUUUAUCUUUAGUAAACAAGGAUGAAAAUUCCAUCUAUUUCUUGGGAAAUUCUCUUGGCCUUCAACCAAAAACGGUUAAACCAUAUCUGGAAGAAGAACUAGAUAAGUGGGCCAAAAUGGGAGCCUAUGGUCAUGACAUAGGUAAACGUCCUUGGAUUACAGGAGAUGAGACUAUUGUAGGUCUAAUGAAUGACAUUGUAGGAGCGAAAGAGAGAGAAGUAGUCCUAAUGAAUGGUUUGACUGUUAAUUUACAUCUUUUAUUGUUGUCAUUUUUUAAGCCUACACCAAAACGAUAUAAAAUUGUUUUAGAAGCCAAAGCCUUCCCUUCAGAUCAUUAUGCUAUUGAGUCACAACUUCAACUUCACAGUCUUAACGUUGAGAAAAGUAUGCGGAUUAUAAGUCCAAGAGAGGGGGAAGAAACCUUGAGACUAGAGGAUAUCCUUGAAGUAAUUGAAAAGGAAGGAGACUCAAUUGCAGUGAUCCUGUUCAGUGGGCUGCACUUUUACACGGGACAGUUCUUUAAUAUACCUGCCAUCACAAAAGCUGGGCAAGCAAAGGGUUGUUUUGUUGGCUUUGAUCUAGCACAUGCAGUUGGAAAUGUUGAACUCCAUUUACAUGACUGGGGAGUUGAUUUUGCCUGCUGGUGCUCCUACAAGUAUUUAAAUUCAGGAGCAGGAGGACUUGCUGGAGCCUUUGUCCAUGAAAAACAUGCCCAUACAAUCAAGCCUGCUUUAGUGGGAUGGUUUGGCCAUGAACUCAGCAGCAGAUUUAAGAUGGAUAACAAAUUGAAGCUAAUCUCUGGGGCCAGUGGAUUCCGAAUUUCGAAUCCUCCCAUUUUGUUGGUCUGUUCCUUACAUGCUAGCUUAGAGAUCUUUAGGCAAGCAACUAUGAAAGCAUUGAGGAGAAAAUCUAUUUUGCUGACUGGUUACCUUGAAUACAUGAUCAAGCAUUAUUAUAGUGAAGAUAAAGCAGAACCCAGGAAACCAAUUGUGAACAUAAUUACUCCAUCGCGUCUAGAGGAGCGUGGCUGCCAGUUAACACUAACGUUUUCUGUUCCCAUGAACCGUGUAUUCCAACAACUAGAAAAGAGAGGAGUGGUUUGUGACAAGAGGGAUCCAAAUGGCAUCCGUGUGGCUCCAGUUCCUCUGUACAAUUCUUUCCACGAUGUUUACAAAUUUGUCAAUCUGUUUGCUUCCGCACUUAACUCUGCAGAAACAGAAAAAUAGCAGUGUUUUCUAGAACAACUUAAGCAAAUCUUAAUGAAAGCUGCUGUAGUUAUUUUGUUCUAAUUAUUCAUGUUUUAAUUAUGGGAAAUAUUUUAAAACUGAUUACACAUGAUUGGUAGAAUGAAUUGUAUAUUUCACAAACAUCUUAAAGAAUUAUAAGGACCUGUGGCUCUGAGGAACCCAAUUAUUUGUCCAGUUUCAAGUUUUAGUGGAUCAAAGUAUUCAUUGGUCCAAGUUUUGUCCCACAGCUUUGGUUACCUGUCACAUUUAACCAUCAGGGAAAUGUUAUAUUGGUUUAGUUUAUAACUUACAGUUUGACUGACAACUUCAUAAUAAAUGUGUAAUUUUUUGUGUAAA